CGAUGCUAUGCGACGUCAACUCCGCAGCUGCUGGACUUGCCGCUGACAGCUCCGAGCAGCCAGCGCCGCCAACGCGAACCCCUCCUGAAUGGAGAAUUGAUGGGCUGAAGUCCACACACACCACACCAUGGCGAGGGCCGCGCUGCUUUCACGCCGCUUCCUGGGAUGCCGGCCGUGUAUGCGAGCCGCCGCCGCCGCCACCCGCACGUUCGCGACAGCGUCUGACCCGCAGCGAGCCUCGGCCAACUCCAAUGCGCGCGUCAAGCUCGUCGAGGUCGGGCCCCGCGAUGGCCUGCAGAACGAGAAGAAGGCCAUCCCGCUGGCCACGAAGCUCGAGCUGAUUGAGCGUCUCGCGAAGACGGGUCUCACCACCAUCGAGGCUGGCUCGUUUGUGUCGCCAAAAUGGGUGCCUCAGAUGGACAACUCGUCUGAGAUCCUUCAGCACCUCCUCCAACACCCUCCGGCCUCUCCUCGCCCCCUCACCUUCUCCUUCCUCGCGCCGAACCUCAAGGGCCUCAACAACGCCUUCACCGUCCUCGCGCAGCACCCAGACUCCUUCGCCACCGAAAGCACAACGACGACCUCCUCCACCUCCUCCCCCUCGUCCUCCCCCGCAUCGCCGCCCAAACCCGCCCUCGAGGUCGCCGUCUUCGCCGCGGCGACCGAGACCUUCUCGCGCAAGAACCUCAACUGCGACAUCGCGACCUCGCUGGCCCGCUUCCGCGAGGUGAUCCAGGCGGCCAAGGAGACGCACUCGCUGCGCGUGCGCGCGUACAUCUCGGUCGUGCUGGGCUGCCCGUUCGAGGGCUUCGACGUGGACGGGCACCGGGUGGCGGAGAUCGCGACCGCGCUGCUGGAGAUGGGCGCCGACGAGAUCGCGCUGGGCGACACCACGGGCAUGGGCACGGCGCCGCGCACCAAGGAGCUGCUCAACUGCCUGAGCGCCGCCGGCGUGCGCAACGAGGACAUCGCCAUGCACUUCCACGACACGUACGGCCAGGCGCUGGUGAACACCGCCGUCGCGCUCGAGCACGGCAUCAGGACCUUCGACUGCAGCGUCGGCGGGCUCGGUGGCUGCCCGUACUCGCCCGGCGCGACGGGGAACGUGGCGACCGAGGAUAUGGUGUAUUUUAUGGAGACGCUGGGCAUGGACACCGGCGUCGAUCUGGACGCCGUCGUCGACGUGGGCGACUGGAUCACGCGGGAGAUCGGGAAGGGGAAUGCGAGUGCGGUCGGGCCCGCCGUGCUGGGCGCGCGGAAAAGGGCCGAGGCUGAGAGGGAGCAGGCCAAGGCGGAGGAGGCGUAGAGCCUGUGGACAGGAACUCUGUGUACUCUAUGCAGCUCGUGAUAAACUCUGCAGCAGUGGCUGUUCAGGCGAGCUAGUC